GUUCAAUCCAAUUGGUGUGAUGGCGUCCGGCGGGCAGCGUUUGCUCGGUUUCGGCGAUGCUUCUUUUUCGGAAACAGAUCAGGAUGCCAAUUCUGCGCUCACAGAGCUGGACAAAGGCCUGCGUUCUGGAAGGCUGGGCGAGCAAUGCGAGACGAUCGUGCGAUUCCCUCGCCUCUUCGAGAAGUACCCGUUUCCGAUCCUCAUCAACUCGGCCUGUCUCAAGCUGGCCGAAGUGUUCCGGGUCGGAACCAACUUUCUGCGCAUGCUGGUGCUGAAGGUGAUGCAGCAGAGCGACAAGCACCUCGACAAGAUCCUCAACAUUGACGAGUUUGUCCGGCGCAUCUUCUCCGUCAUGUACAGCAACGACCCCGUCGCCCGCGCACUCACACUCAGGACGCUGGGCAGCAUAGCCGAGAUCGUGGCCGAACGCAAGAACCUCCACCACAGCAUCCGCAGUAGCCUGGACUCGCACGACGCGGUGGAGCUGGACGCGGCCAUCUUUGCGGCUGCCCGCUUCGCCGCAGAGUCCAAGACCUUUGCGGCCAACAUGUGCGGCCGCAUCGGGGCCAUGAUCCAGGGCCUGGCCACCCCCGUGGACGUGAAGCUGAAGCUGCUCGGGGUGCUGGAGAACAUGCGCCAGGACGCCCAGACGGCCUCGGCGGUGCGCGCCACCUGCCUGGCACUCCUGCCCACCUACCCCUCGCAGCAGUUUGUCACCGCCACCCUGCGCGUCCUCACACGCCUCGCAGCCUCCUCAGUAACCGACAUCCCGCACCAGAUUGAGACGUUGAUCCACUACCUGAGCGACGACCCCAGGGAAGGGGUCAAGGCGCAGGCCCUGGACGACCUCUGCCACCUGGCGAGGGAGAGGCCGCACCUCUGGGACACUGCCAGCGUGGACGCAGUGGUCCAGUACUCGCUCACCACGCCGUACCUCAACCUCAAGUGUGGGGCACUCUCGGUCCUGGUGCUCUUGGCGCAGUCGGUGGCCGUUGACAAGUUUGACCUCCUGUCCGACGACAAGGUGCUGCGGCUGUGCCGGGAGAGCAUCUUCCACCACAACGUGCGCCUGGCGUCUGGCUCCAUUCGUCUGCUCACGCACCUCGCCAUCCACGCCUUCACCGAGGACAUAGUGACGGAGGGCGUGGACCUGAUGCAGGAAGUGUCGAGCGCCAUUGAGACGCUCCUGCUCAUCCUCUGCACCCAGGAGUCCAACGGGAAUGUGCAGGCACUCAGGGCCUGCCUCCAGUGCAUUGUGCUUCUAUGCGAGACCGACCCAGACCUGUGCAGCCAGUUUGUGGAUGUCCUCGGAUCCUUCCUAUCUUUCUGGUCCGGGGCGGCCAUGUUGUCGGUGUGCGAGGGGCUGUGUGCCCUGGGCAGCCGUCGGUGCGGGGUGCUGAGCCGCAUCGAGCCCAGGAUCAAGACCCUUCUCAGGUCGCAGGCCGGCGGGCAGCAGCCGGAACCCAAGGCCCUCGUGCUGCUCUGGACCCUUGCCCUGCAGGCCGGGGUGGACCGGGGUCCCCCCAUGACCCCCAGCUGCCCCCUCGACCCAUGGAGCGCGUACAGGGUGGCCAGGCAGGCCACCCGCUACGGACACUUCUCCACCGCAGCACCCCUCUUCGCCUCCCUGGCCAACAAGGUGAGCUCGGAACACCUGCACUUCUGGCUGGUGAGUCUGGGCGAGCUGUCCAAGGCCGAGGAGAGCCUGACGAGCAGACGGACGGGUGCAGACGCCAGCCAGGGACUGACGGCCGCCCUCACCCACUACGUGCGGGGCGUCUCCGCUCUCAAGGCGGCCACAACCCCCGGCCACUCGCUGCAGUUCCAGGCGGAGUAUGUGCGCCUGCGCUGCGAGACGGUGCGUGCGCACGGGCAGCUGGUCCAGGCGUGCGCCUGCCUGCGCACUGCACCACCCCCAGCCAUCGCUGGCUCCGUCGCCACCGCCACCCGCGACGAGCUCCAGAAGUGCGGACGUGUCGUAGCGCAGCUGCGGAAGUGCUCGCGCGACUUCCGAGCAUUGGCUGACCAGUACGGAGUUCUCUACCAGACCCUGUUUGAUGCCGACCAGGGAACUCUUCGCAACGUUCAGCUGCUGCAGCAAAAUUCCCUGCUAAUCAUGCAAGCCAUCGACCGCAUCUCGCAGUACAACCAAGGCAUCAGCCUGAGCGACGAAGGGGUGGUGUGGCUGGAGCAGCAGAAUGGGACGCUGUCGCUGAGCGAGCACCGCCUCCUCGAGGCUGCACACCGGGCCCUGGUCUGGUUCAGGGACCUGCGCCAGGACAACAACCUCACCCCUCAGCAAGUCCAGGUGGUGGAGCGGAUCAGCCAGGAACUGGUGCUGGUGCCCCUGUGCUUGCCCCGAUACUUCUUCCAGUCACUCCAGUCCACCAGCAUCAAGCUGGCGGUGUCCCCGCAGCAGAAGGCGUCGGGGGACCCCCUGUUCCUGGCGCACCAGAGCCAGCUGGCGCUGCGGGUGGAGGGGGUGGUGCAGCACGGUGCCAGGGGCCCCAACCGGGCGCCCUUCCGCUCCGUGCACAAGGUGCUCGUCACCGUCACCACCGCCCCCGGCCUGCCCAACGCCGCCGGGACGUCCGCACAGCGGGGUGUACCCCAAGAUUCCAAGGGCUCGUCGGCGGACGGACUGCUGCUGAGCGAGUCGGCGAGUCCGCACAACGACUACUUCCAGGCGCAGUUCUUGCUCUGCCUGCCCGCCCCGGGCCUGCACACGGUCACGGUGGACACAUCGGUUCUGGACGCCCAGCACAGCCUCUGGAAGACCGGGCCGCAGGUCUCCCUCACGGUCAAGUGUCACGACGACGCCAAGCCAAGCUCCUCCUCCACCGCGUCUACGGCAGCGACACAAGGCAUGGUGCCGGCCGUGCGACCUCCGCCGCCACCGCCACCCAGUUUCCCGGGUGGCACGCGCGUCGCCUGAAUGACACAUUCUGUACAGCGUCGACCUCUGAAGGACCGUUCACACUUGCCUUUGCAUAUACUAUUAAGUUCUCGCACUCUCUUAUGACGAGAGAACACGCUGGCACCAUUAUGAUGCGAACCUGAAACCACGUUUCACUAGAGCGAUGGUUUUGCGGCAUUUAAGCUCUAACGUAUGGUUUUCGAGUCAAAAAGAAAAUGAUGCGCAAAAAACUAGGAAACAUAGAGAAAUGACCAGAGUUCCGUGGCUACCCGACACAUGGUGCCUGUGUGUUCUCUCGUAAGAGAUCCAAAAGUUUGGCACUUGGUCCAAAGGAGUCGCAUGUGUUCGUGAGUGACGAUCUGCUAGGGGCACCUCCCGUCUUCAACAAGUGCCAAGUUCUGCGGAGCAUACGGCGUGCGGUGCCAGUGGCGUAGUCGGUGUUCCCGAGAGAUAGAACGGGAAAGAGAGUGACGGAAGAGCGGAAAAAGAAAGUAGACGAUAGUUUGGGCGCGUCCAUUUUGCCAUGACAACUCGAAGGUUUUUCUACGUGGGACGCCGGUGUUUUUCACUAAGUAAGUACGAAGUAAAUCUAGAAAAGCACUAGGUGCAGACCUUGCAAGUGAUGUUUUAAGGCUUCUUUGUGCGAACGUGUGAAUCAGCCUUUGUCUAGGGCAUUCUAUUGGGCUGUGUCUCGCAUUAAACUGUUUUCUACGGUGUUGAAUAAGGUAAGUUGCCUGAAUGUGAACUCUUUGAACAUUGCAGGAAAAAUAUAGAGCGAAUGGUGCGUGCAAGUGCUUUUGCCGCUCGAUAAGGACGGAAUCUUUUGAACUAUGUGAUGAAAUUUGACGUUGUGAGCUGCAUUACUUUUUUCCUGUCUGGUGCAGCAUUCAAUUAAAUAACUACUCAACCACCGAA